AUGGACACGGCCCGGCCCUGCAGAUCCAAGAGGAAGGGGCAGAUUCCUCAAAGAAGAGAAAGCCAUUGGCACAUGAGUGCAGCAAAUGGAGGCCAGAAUAAAAGAAAGAAGGAGCACAAUCUUGCAAGUUUGACAGCUGACACAAACGUCACUGGCGCUGGGAUUACCAACACCAUUGAAGGGCGUUGGACGCGCAGCAUGGAAAAUCCACUGAGAAUGCGGCCUUCGUAUGUGGAGGAAAGCUCAAGCGAGGAUAGCGAUGAUGAAGAUGACCCAUCGGAUGAGACGAUGGAUAGCUUGCCAUCAUCGUCACAAGAACCCCCAACUGACAUAUCGGAAGACACAGAACUUGACACUGAUGCAUCUGAUGACAUGUUGAUUGACAGAAUCAAGAAGAGAAGAAGAGUAAACAGAGAAUUAACAUCCAGGAAGAUGUUUGAGAAUAGUGGUGGGCCCCAUUGUGCUGCGAAAGGUCCAAAUUUCGUGAACCCUCUUGCUGCUAGUCAAACUGUGACAGCAGCAGGGCAUGAAGGAAAGGAGCAAGCGGCAGCUGCUGCCUUCCCACCAAAAGCUGCAGACCUGGCAGCCGUACCACAGCCACGUGUGAAUCAAAUGGCAGGAGCAAGGGGUGAACAUUUCUCACUGCCCAAUGACCAAGCAGACAAGAUGGACGUCUAUCUUUAUGGAGAGAAGCCAGAAAAGUGCAGAGUGGAUUGUCGGGGAGCACCAUUGACACUACAAGCCUUUAUUCCGGGAGCAGAGAGCUCUCCUGGGGACUACACAUUCUACCUUGUACAGAAAGGCAGCAGUGGCUUUGGCCUUCUCUGUCUGGACCUUGACCGGCCUCUGGCUGAGCAGGGUGUGGUGUCUGGCAGCCUGGUCACAUAUCACCGCCAUUCUGCCCGCACCCGGGCCUUCCCAGAGGGAGCAAAACACGGGCAGGGCAUUAACUGUGAUGGUGCCACAACAAGCAGUGUUCCUUCUUCUAGGAAUGUUGGGCACGCCAUUCUGGCAGACGAUGCCCUAACGGCUGCCAGGAACAAAGGCAUUGCCACCAGAGCAAGCUGUGUUGCAGCCUCUGCCACCACUAUGGGCGGUGCUCCAAUUACGUCUGCGAACGUAGGGCAGCACAGCGUUCCAACUCCCUUGCCUGCUGCUGGAACGCCACCAAGUUCAUCUCCAACAAUUUCGUACCGGCGCAACAUUCCUUGGAGCAACGACGAAGUUCUGGCACUUGCAAAUGGAGUCUGCAAAUUUGGUGAAGGCCGUUGGAAGGCAAUAUUGGCCUCAAGUGCUGCCCUGAAAAGAAGAAGUUCAGUACAACUCAAGGACAAGUGGCGUAACAUUCGGAAGGCGAUGAAUAUGCAAGUGCAUGCCCGCACACAGCAUUUUGAAGGCGCUCUUUUGAGUUUGCUGAAUCAGCUGUGUCAUUGA